ACACGACCGCGGUCGACGUGACCUUACAGCGACCAUUUGGCAUUCACACUUCAUGCCCCGACAGCGGACAAUCCAGUACCUCUGCCUAUUCGCCGUCUUGCUUUUCUUCGCCCAUUUCUACUUUUCGUCCAGCCCGAGUUCGCGUGAGCACCCCCAAUGGGCGACGUUUGAGAAGGAGGAUGGGGACUGGGAUAUGGACGUGGAUUUGACUCCGGAGAUUUUGAGGACGCACGACGACACCGGGGCCGGGAAGGUCCAUGCGCCGGGGCUGCGUGCGGACCCGAUUAAGAGAGCUGCCGUGGUCUCUGCCUUCCAAUACGCCUGGUCUGCGUACGUCAGGGAUGCUAUGGGCUGGGACGAGUACCACCCGAUCAGCCACCGCGGCCAGAACCUGUCGUCCUCGGGCGGUGUCGGGUACACGAUCGUCGACGCGCUUGACACGAUGCUGCUGAUGGGGCUGACGCACGAGUACUCGCAGGCGAGCGACUGGGUCCGGACGCAUCUGUCGUUCGACCGGGACGGGCGCAGCCGGUGCUUCAACACCUUCGAGACGACGAUCCGCAUCCUCGGCGGGCUCCUGUCCGCGUACCACCUGACCGCGGACCGGAUGUACAUCGCGCACGCGACGGACCUCGCGGACCGCAUUGUGCCAGUGUUCGACACGCCGACGGGGCUGCCCGACACCUCCGUCGACCUGCGGACGCGCACGGGGAUCCCGGACCACGGGAUCAGCACCGCGGAGGCGACGACGCUGCAGCUGGAGUUCCGGUACCUCGCACAGCUGACGGGGAACGCGACAUACUGGUACAAGGUGGAGAAGGUCAUGCAGGUCGUGGACAAGGCGAGGCUUCCGAGUAAUCUUGCGCCGAUAUCGAUGAGCUCGGACGACGGGACGUACCAGUUCUCGGACAUCCGGCUCGGGUCGAGAGGAGACUCGUAUUACGAGUAUCUUCUGAAACAGUACUUGCAAACCGGCAAGACUGAGCCUGUCUACCUCAAGAUGUACGAAGAUGCGAUGACGGGCAUCCACGACAACCUCCUCAAAAAGACUCCCAAACGCGGGGUGACAUUCACUGCCGAGCUGAUCCCUCGCGGGGGCUCGAACUGGAAGACUUCCUUCCACGUCGACAACAAACAAGACCAUCUCGUCUGCUUCCUCGCCGGAUCGCUCAUGCUCGGCGCGACGACCACCGGUGCACGCAAUCCGAGCGUCCCGGUCUCCGUCCCGCCACUGAUGUCAGAGCUGACGAGCGUCGGGAAACGCGACUGGGAAGACGGGGUGGCUUUGCUGGAGGGGUGCAUGGAGACGCACAAAACUGCGACCGGCCUCUCACCUGAAAUAGCGAUGUUCGAUGCCGAUCCGGAUCAGCCAACGCGGGACUGGCAUAUCAAGGGAUCCAAGCCCGGAGGGCCGGCGACGUAUGAUGCGAGAUACAUGCUACGACCGGAGACGACCGAGUCGCUGUUCCUCGCCUGGCGGCUGACCGGAGACGAGCGGUACCGUGACUACGCCUGGGGCAUCUUUCAGGCGAUAGAGACGCACGCGAAGCUUCCUGGCGGUGGAUACGCGACAAUCGUGGACGUAGAUACGGUGCCCGUGCGGCACGAAGAUAAGCAGGAGACGUUCUACUUGAGCGAGACGCUUAAGUAUCUCUUCCUGACAUUUGCUGAUGAGGAAGUGCUGUCGCUCCGAGACAAUGUAUUCAACACAGAGGCGCAUCCGCUGCCGGUGUUCAAGCCUUCGAUAAAGCCACUUUUCCAUCUGUAGACAAUCUGUGCUUAUCUUACAUGAAAUCAGAGAACCUGCUAUCAAGAAGGACGACUGACCCACUCUUAAGUAAGAAGUGACAAGGCUACUUACCACCCUCCUCCUCUCCAAUGGACGCUCUUCGCAGACUCCUACAAUCCUGGUACGCCAACCCGGCCUUCCCAGAUCCGCCUGUGUAUGUCGCCCCUCCGACCACCCAAGAGCACCUCGAAUACGCGGACCUAGCGAUCAUCGAUCUCGCCCAGGCUACGACCCUGGCGGGGAGGAAGGCGCUCGCGGGGCAGCUCGUCGCUGCGAUGCGGGCGCAGGGAUUCUUCUACGCCGUGAACCACGGGUACACAGCUGACCAGACCAAUCGGAUGUUCAGCAUUGCGGAUCUCACGCUCGACGAGGUGGGCGAGGAAGAGAAGCUGCGGUACUGCGCGCGCAGCGGACACACGUACGAAGGGUAUAAGCCGCGCAAGACCUGGCACAUCGAUGGGGUCGGGGAUCAGAUUGAGCAGUACACCGUCGGCCAGCACGUCCUCGCGCGCGAGCAUCCGACCGCUCUGCGCCCGUAUCUCCCUGAGCUCGAUGCCUUCUCGCGGCACAACACGUUCAACAUUCUGCACCCUGUUUUGCGGCUCAUGGCACUCGGUCUGGAGCUGCCCGAGGAGACGCUGGUCCAGCAGCACUCGUACGAUUCUCCCAGCGAAUCGUCUGUUCGAUUCAUGAAAUAUUAUCCGUAUUCCGAGGAGGAAGAAAAGCUGAAGAAGAAUGUCUGGCUGAAAGGCCAUACCGACAUCGGCUCAGUCACGGUUUUGUGGUCCCAGCCAGUCGGCGGGCUGCAGAUUCUCUCGCCCGACGGCAAAUGGCGCUGGGUGCGACACAUGGAGAAUGCCGUCGUCAUCAAUGCCGGCGAUGUGAUGACGUUCCUCUGUGGAGGAUUCUACCCCGCGACACGCCACCGGGUCGUUCGCCCGCCCGAAGACCAGCUCACCCGCCCGCGUCUCGGCGUCUUCUUCUUCGCCCUCGCGAACGACGACGUCAAGCUCGUUCCGCAUCAGACGCAGAGCCCCGUCCUGCAGCGCGUUGGCGUGCAGCGGCUGUGCGAGGACGGAGAUGCGCCGACGAUGGAGCAGUGGCGCAAGACGCGGGUGAUGCAGUACGGCUCGAAGCAGGUCGAGCUCGUGAAGAGCGAGACGGAGGAGGGGGUCGAGGAGGAGAUGGUCGGGAAUGUUAAAGUCAAAUAUUUCAAUUGAGCCAGUGUAUACGACGCAUUAAACAAAACAAAAUUUGUAUAGCUCGGGUAACAGGGAGUGAUUCGCAUCCUGCCUACUGCAGAGAAUAAAGUUUCAACCGUCU